GUUGCAGUGGUAUAUGUCUUGCUGACGCUAAGACACAGAUGAAAAUGAUGAGAAUCCCGUCGAUGAUGAGAGGCGGACGGGCUGCCUCUUGAAGAACUCCUUAAUCCAUGGGCGAUAAAUUACCCAUCCUGACAGAGCAGACGCACUACUACAUAUCCCGACCCUCGGGUCUUCACCUGAGGGUGUCUUGCGGCGAACUGUUGCUACCCCCGCAUACCCCAAACGGCAGACGGUUAAGCGAUGGACGGUACCAUAGAUUAGGGUAGCUUAAGAAUCCUCCGGUUUCAUCGGUAGUCACUCAACAGUUCUCUAGAAGAAUCCCUAGCGGUUUUCAUAGAGCGAAAAUAUAUAUUAUACUAUCCAUUGCACAAAAUGGGUUCUCUUCCUAUGAACAAGCUCAAACGAGAGCCUUUGAAGAAGGGGUCGUCUAUUGACCAUCUCGAAUAUGUCGAUAGCACCCCUAUCAUCGGCCGGGAAUACCCCACCGCGAAGCUCAAGGACAUACUGAAAGCCCCCAAUGCCGAGGAACAGUUGCGAGACCUUGCGAUCACCAUCUGCGAGCGCGGUGUAGUCUUCUUCAGAGCCUCCCAGGACGAUCUUUCUAUCGAGGAGCAGAAGUACAUCACGGAGUUGCUUGGCAAGUUAACGGGACGACCUCCCGAGAAUGGGCUGCACGUGCACCCCCUGUACAAUGACCCUAACAAUUUCCCCAUGGCAGACGGUACCACCGACAAGCAGAUCUAUGUCAUCAACUCCGAGGCGGCCAAGAAGUUAUAUGCCACAAUGAAGAACCGUCCCGGCUCAGCUAGCGAGCCUCGAGAUCUAGGUCGGGAAUGGCACAGCGACGCUCUUUUCGAGAACUGCCCUUCAGACUUCUCCUUCCUGCGCAUGCAAGACACCCCACCCUCCGGCGGCGACACCCUCUGGGUAUCCGGCUACGAGCUCUACGACCGCCUAUCCCCUCCCUACCAGAAAUUCCUCGAGACGCUGACCGCGACGUGCGCGCAGCCCGUCUUCGAGUCGGCCUGCAAGGCCGGCGGGUACGACGUCACGUCGCCUCGCGGGUCGCCGCUCAACAAGGACUACGAGUUUUCGCCGUCGCACCCCGUGAUCCGCACGCACCCCGUCACCGGGUGGAAGUCGCUGUUCGCGGGCGUCGGGCUGCACGUCAGUCGGAUUAACGACGUGUACUCGUACGAGGACCAGAUGAUUCGCGAUUAUGUGUUGAGGCUUAUUACGCGGAACCAUGAUUGCAUCGCUCGGAUGCAUUGGACGAGGGGGGCUUGUGCGAUUUGGAGCAAUGCGUGCACUUUGCAUGCUGCUACUCCUGAUACGCAUCUCGUAGAGGGUAUUAGGACAGGCGUACGGGCUUCGGGGACCGGCGAAGUGCCAUAUCUUGACCCGGCGAGCACUGGAAGGAGAGAGGCGCUAGGAAUGCCACGAUUUUGAGUCUCUCGUAUGAUAAGGGGAGUGGAAGAUUAUAGAUGUCUUAGUUCGGUACCUGUUAUAUCCUGUCAAGUAUUGUAGAUAUCAUUCUCGAGACUCGAGUUAGUAU